AGACAGACAGAUCAAUAGCAAUUCAACUCACUGAAUCUCAUAGAUUCAGUGUGUGGUGGACUGUGAGCUGAAGCCAGACUGCCCUUAGCGUCCAGACUCUCGUGAUCAGGCUCGCUCAACAAGAAGCCCGCCAUCAACACGGAUUCCUCAACACGAUACCACCAGACACGAGCCACCUCGACAGUCAUUUAUCUCAGCAUCUAGAGAUCUUGGACCAAGUUCACAUUCUCGACACAAAAGACCACCAAAAUGACAACACUCAUCCGCAUUGCGAUGCUGAAUGCGGACCUCCCUGUCCCGGCAGUGAGACAAAUCUAUCCAACAUACGGCGCCGUCUUCCACAAGCUCCUCUGCGCCUCAGCAGAACGUCUAGCACUCCCCGUCCGCAUCUCCUCACAAGACUUUGACGUCGUGCGGGAAGAGUACCCAUCUUCGCCCGACGACUUCGACGUGCUCCUCAUCACAGGCUCCGCAUCGAGCUCCUACGACAAUGUGCCCUGGGCACACAGACUAGACGCCUACAUCCGAGAGGUCUACGAAAGGCACCCCGACGUCAAGAUGUUCGGCAGCUGCUUCGGUCACCAGAUCAUGUGCCAGAGUCUACUCGGCCAGUACGGCGUCAAGGUGGAAAAGGACCCCCAGGGCUGGGAGCUCGGCGUCCACGAUAUCCAGCUGACCAAGGACUUUGUCGAGGCGCUGGGUGAGAAGGACAGCAUCCCCGCCACGCCGCUCAGCCGGUCCUCGCUGAGACUGCAGUUCAUCCACGCGGACCACGUCCACCUACCCGAUCCCUCUGCGCUGCCCGCGUCGUGGAUUCCCAUGGGUCGUUCUUCACACUGCGCGUUCCAGGGGGCGUACCAGCCCGGGCGCAUCUUGACGUAUCAGGGACACUUUGAGUUUGAUCGAUUCAUCAACACGGAGACGCUCAAGGUAUUUGGGGCCAAGUGGGAUCCGGCUGUCCUGCAAAGCUCGCUGGAGCAGAUGGACAAGGAUGAUGACGCGGAGAUGGCUGCCGAUAUGGUCAUGAGGUUUUUGAUGGAGGGCAAGAUCGGGAAAGGGGGUGAAGGAGGGUUGGUGACGCCUCCUGUUUAA